UCACAUUCAUAACAAGUUUGUAAUUUUUUAUAAGCACAUGUAGGCUAGUAUAUUUUUGUUUAACUUUUAAAUAAAAACUGUGGAAAUAAUUUAUUAUUUUUUAACAAAAUGGGUGUGCGAGGGUUAACGGGUUUUAUAGCCAGACAUGCGGAAUUGUAUUUGACACCCUACGAAUUACAUGACUGCAAUCUAGUAAUAGAUGGAGACAAUUUGGCCUGUAACUUGUACAGGGAUGUGGCCGGCAACUAUUCUGCUUUUGGUGGUGAUUAUGAUGAAUUCUACAGGGCUGUGGUAAAUUUCUUUGUGGUCCUAGGUGAAUGUAAUAUCAAGCCAUAUGUGCUAAUGGAUGGUGGCUAUGAGAUGCGUAAAUUACGCACAGUGGGUAAACGUAUGAGAGGCAAAAUAUCCGUGAUAAAACGUAUUAAUCCCUGUGCCUCCAUUACCGUAUUUCCGGUAAUGAUGAAAGAAGUUUUUGUGGAUGCAGUCAAAGAUUGUGGCGUGCCCGUGAUGCGUUGUGUUUUUGAGGCCGAUGAUGAAUUGGCCGCUUUGGCGCGCAAGUUGAAUUGUCCGGUGUUGAGUUACGAUUCCGAUUUUUAUAUACACAAUGUAAAGUAUAUUCCCUUGAUCACACUAACGGUUAAGGCUCAUACAAAACUUUGUAAAAGUAAUCUAGUGGAAAAUCCCGAAGAAAACACACGCAAGCUGAGAAAAAAUGAAGCAAAAAAGGUGGAUAAACGCACUAGGGGUAACCAUGUAAUGGAUUCUAUUGUAGUUGAUAAUAAGGAAAAGCCUAAAAAAGGUAAAACCUACAAAUAUUUAGACUGCUGCAUGUAUCGCAUCGAGAAUUUAAUUGCGAGAGGUUCAUUGAGCAAGGAAAAAUUACCACUAUUUGCAGCCAUGUUGGGUAAUGAUUAUAUAUCGCGUUCGUGUUUCAAAAACUUUUUCCAAUCGGGUAUGGGUAAAGUUGGUAGGAGUCGAAAAACGAAGCAGCAGCAACGUAGAAUAAAAGUUAUACUCCAGUGGUUGAAAACUGAGACAGCAGAAUCGGCUUUAGAAAAAAUCAUGACAAGAUUAAGAACACAUCAACGUGAGUCUUUAAUGGCUCAAAUGGAAGCUGCUACGAGUGGUUACUCCAAUGAAAAAUGUCGUUCGUAUGAUUUUUUCAUCAGUCAUUAUGAAAAUAUAUUUGAAGAUUUUAUUGAAACUGAGGAAGAAAUCUAUGAAACUGAUGAGGAAGAAUACGAAGAAGAAGAUGAGUCUGAGGAGGAAGAAGUAUCUGGAGAGGAGGGGGAUGAAGAAGAUAAUGAUUCUAAUAUUGAAGAGGAAGACGAAGAGGAAUAUGCUUCUAAUAUUGAAGAGGAACACGAUAAUAACAAAGAAAAAAUUGAAGAAACUCUUGAAGAAGAUGUAGAAGAUGCCAAUAAAAUUGAAAAUUCUAAUAAUUCUGACUCUGAAGGCUCGGAAAAUGAAGAAUCAAAUGAAGAUACUCAUGACAUAAUAUCCAAAUUUCCCCAAUGGUUUUUAAAUAAAUUAUAUCCCGCCAAUUUACCACGUUUCUUUGUCGAUUUAAUGCAUCUCCGCAAAUAUAUAAAUAAUCCUCAAAUAGAACAUUUUCCCUAUAAUGAAUGCAAUAGUAUAGCCCUACCCAUAUUAACUCUUAUAUAUUCACUAUUAAAUAAUGUCAAGGGUAAUGAAUUUGUACCCAAAGUUAUGGAAGAUGGUACUGUACGCUCCUUAUAUUUCACAUACCUAACACGAGCUACACGAGUCACCAAUAUUCGCUAUGAACAUGUUGAGGUGGAGGAGAAGCCUAAGUAUGAUUUUGAACCAGAAAAUCCUAAUCCUUUGUUUUUGAGAGAAGUUUUCGAGAUGAGAAUGCCUGAAUUAAAUCCAGAAGAGCUAUUUGCUGAAUUGGAGAAACUUCCUCAGGAUCUGAGGCUGUAUUUUAUGGCCAUUGUUUAUUGGCUACAUAAAUGUCAAAACUACGAUGUGGUACAUAUACAUGCUCUAAUUGUUUGUUUGGUUGUUUUAAGAACCAUUGAUUCUAAAAUCCCCGCCGAAAGAGAUGUUAAAGCUUUUCAAAAAAAGUUUGGAAAAAUUAUCAAAAAAGAACGUCAGGUACGUGACAAGGAUGAAGCAAAUGGCACCAAACGUGUGAUUAAAGAUGAGGUAUUAGCUCUACCCAUACCAGAACGUUUGUCAUAUGUACCAAAAUCCGAUUGUUAUUUAGUGCAAAAUGAACUAUUAAAACAUUUUCAUAUGCAGGACAUAUUUAAGAAGAAAUACGAUCUUUACUCCAGCACUGUACUACAUGCAUUUGCCGAAUUUCAAUCCGUAGUCUUCCAAUUGCAUUCAUUAAAUGCUCUCCUCGACUUUCCCUAUGAUGCACCCCAUAUGGGUCAAUUGUAUUGUGGUGUAUUUUUAUAUAAUCUCUACGACUUGUUUAAAAGUCGUUUGGAUAUUAUUUACUAUGUAAAGAAUUUCAUUUUUAGAGAUUCUCAAAUGAUGUUUGAUUGCUAUUUGUAUUUUUGGCAAUGGUGUGAAAGGUUCAUACCUUCCUGGAAGCAACCUAAAGAUCAAAAAGUGAACACGGUAUUAAGUAAAAAGAUUCUAAAGAAAAAACGUCAAUUGGAGAGGAAACAAGCUGCUCAAGAUAUUAAGUUACAAGAUCCAAAUGCUGAUAUGCUGAGUAGUGGUGAAGUGGAUGAUGAAUUUGUAGAUUUGAAUAAUAAGUUUUGUACUUUUUUAAAAGUAAGUUAACUAUGACAUGAAUAAAAGUAACUUUGAAUGCAAUAAAUACAUAAACAAAUUUAUUAAGAAAAACAA